AUGCGUUCCGCCAUCGCCGUCCUGCCCUUCGUGGCCGCCGCGCUCGCGCAAGACUCCAGCAGCCAGGGCUACACUCUCAUUCCCGUGCUCAGCGGCAGUAUCACUGUCACCAGCACCUACAAGUACUCCAACCCCAACACCCAAUACCUCACCGAGACCGACUCGAAUGGCGUCGUGACCGGCAUGCCCGAACAGACCGCUGUGGCUGCUACGGCCGUCACUAGCCAGCCCGGUGCCGUCACCACUCAGCCCGGCGUUGUCACCACUCAGCCCGGCGCUGUCACCACCCAAGCCCCAGUCGCAACCAUCCCAGCAGGCUUGAGCGGACUGCACACCCUCACAUACAACGGUACCGCCGGCGUCACCUCCUUCACGAUCAACGGCAGCAACACGACUACCUCUGUCCUCGGCAACGCCCCUGGCCUCUCCACUGUCGUUAGCUCGUCUGGCGCCGCUAGUGGAAGCCAGACCACUGGCCGCGGCAACGGCAACGGCAAUGGCGGACGCCCACAGACCACCGGCGGCUCCGGCUCGCAGCAGUCUGGCUCUCCUUCCAGCUCUGCCUCCGCUAGCAGCUCGUCUGGCGCCGCUGCGAGCAACAUGCACCUCGCCUCCGGUGGCCUCGUCGGUCUUGCUGCUUUCUUCGCUGCUCUGUUGUAA